CCAUUCUGAUGGGGGAUGCAGCGGCCCCCGCGUGGAGGCCAGCCGGCCCUAACGUGCCCCAACCCCUACCUUGACAGAAUCCCGCUGCACAAAUUCACAUCCAUCCGCCGGACCUUGUCGGAGAUGGGAGGCCCCGUGGAAGACCUGAUCGCCAAGGGCCCCAUUUCCAAGUACAGCCAGGGGCUGCCUGCUAUGACCCAGGGGCCCAUUCCCGAGCUUCUCAAGAACUAUAUGGAUGCCCAGUACUAUGGGGAGAUUGGCAUCGGGACGCCCCCGCAGUGCUUCACCGUGGUCUUCGACACUGGCUCCUCCAACCUGUGGGUCCCCUCCAUCCACUGCAAACUGCUAGACCUCGCCUGCUGGAUCCACCACAAGUACAACAGCGGCAAGUCCAGCACGUAUGUGAAGAACGGCACCACGUUCGACAUCCACUACGGCUCCGGCAGCCUCUCCGGGUACCUGAGCCAGGACACCGUGUCGGUGCCCUGUAAUUCGGCGGUGGCGACCCUGGGUGGCAUCAGGGUGGAGAGGCAGACCUUCGGGGAGGCCACCAAGCAGCCAGGCAUCACCUUCAUCGCGGCCAAGUUCGACGGCAUCCUGGGCAUGGCCUACCCCCGCAUCUCCGUGAACAACGUGCUGCCCGUCUUCGAUAACCUGAUGCAGCAGAAGCUGGUGGACAAGAACAUCUUCUCCUUCUACCUGAACAGGGACCCAAGUGCACAGCCCGGGGGCGAGCUGAUGCUGGGGGGCACUGACUCCAAGUACUACAAAGGCCCGCUGACCUACCACAAUGUCACCCGCAUGGCCUACUGGCAGGUCCACAUGGAGCAGGUGGACGUGGGCACCAGCCUGACCCUGUGUAAGGGGGGCUGUGAGGCCAUUGUGGACACGGGCACUUCCCUCAUCGUGGGCCCCGUGGAAGAGGUGCGCGAGCUGCAGAAGGCCAUCGGGGCCGUGCCGCUGAUCCAGGGCGAGUACAUGAUCCCCUGCGAGAAGGUGUCCAGCCUGCCCGAGGUCACUCUGAAGCUGGGGGGGAGAGGCUACAAACUGUCCUCAGAGGACUACACACUCAAGGUGUCGCAGGCUGGGAAGACCAUCUGUCUGAGCGGCUUCAUGGGCAUGGACAUCCCCCCACCCGGAGGGCCCCUCUGGAUCCUGGGCGACGUCUUCAUUGGCCGCUACUACGCCGUGUUCGACCGGGACCAGAACCGGGUGGGCCUGGCUGAGGCUGCCAGGCUCUAGCUGGGCCCCCCGCUGGCAGAGUGCGGAGGAGAGAAUGCAGGGGGGGAGGCCACACCCCCGCCUCCCGGCCACCCCACCCACCACGCUCAGCUCACACUCACACUCACACACUGGAGGCCACCGGCCUGUCGGGCUCACUGUUCUGUUCUGUGAUUUUCCCCUCCCUGGUUCAGAAACGCUGCCUACUUGUCUGUCUGUCUGUCUGACGGAAGGACGGGCCAGGGAAGAGACUGGGCAGCUCCGGGGCACAGACUCCUUUCUCUAGCUCGGAAGACCCCGUCCCCCGGGCAGUGGCCCGCUGUGUGUCAGAGGACGCCUGCCCCGCCGAGUUCUCUCCCCAGCCUGCACCUUGGGGUCCUGGCUGCCUGGACGGUGCCCUGGGCUGAGCCCCGCCCUGAGCCGGGCUGUGCACUUAGCUCCUCCUCCGUCCAGCUUGGGGCCUGGCACUUGGCGUCACCGCCCCCGCCUGUCCAUUUGUCCUGGACCUGGUGAGGAAGGGGCUGGCUGAGGCCCGCAGACGAGCUGGCAGGGGUGGCAGGGGACAAAAGCCAGUCUUGUGAGGCCUGUGGUGAGGCCACUGGGGCCAUCCUGGAGGCAUUCAGGGCCUCACUGGCCAAGGUGUGGGACAGGAGGGAAGGGGCUGAGGGUUGGGAAAGCCUUCCCUGCGGCUGCCCCCUCUUGAGUGGCCGGGAGCCAGAGUUGGCAUGGAAAAAAUAAAAUUGUUUGGCCUCCCUCCCCCCCGUG